UUGUUUCUUUUUUUAGAAUCCAUAAAAUAUAACACAUAAUUUUAAUUUGUGAAUAAAGAAUGGAAAAGGUAUCUUUCAAAGAAAGGAGCAGUGUGGCCAAAGUGAUAGGAACAAUAUUGUCCUUAAUAGGCGCACUUGUGGUGGUUCUCUACCACGGUCCACGUGUCUUCAUCGCAUCAUCUCCGCCGUAUCUAAACUUCCGUCAGCUUCCUCCACCGUUAUCAUCUUCAAAUUCAGAUUGGCUCAUCGGCGGAGCUCUUCUAACCAUAAGAGACAUCUUCGUUUCUGUAUCUUUCAUUCUCCAGGCACAAAUAAUGAGUGAAUAUCCAGCAGCAUUCACAGUCUCCUUCCUCUACACCGUAUCAGUUUCAAUCGUGACUUCAGUGAUUGGACUAGUAGUGGAAAAGAACAAUCCAAGCGUUUGGAUCAUUCGAUUUGACAUUACUUUGAUUACAAUUGUUACUAUGGCAAUAGUUACUUCAGUAUACUAUGUGAUUCAUUCAUGGACAGUACGUCACAAAGGACCUCUAUACUUAGCGAUAUUUAAGCCUUUGUCGAUUUUAAUAGCAGUGGUUAUGGGGGCCAUUUUUCUCAACGAUUCUCUCUAUCUCGGAUGUUUGAUCGGAGGAAUUUUGAUAACUUUAGGCUUCUACGCUGUGAUGUGGGGCAAAGCAAACGAAGAGAAGGAUCAGUUGUUAUUACUUUCGGAAAAAGAGAAAACCCCUCUUCUAUUGAACGGCUACAAUGACCAAAUUUAGUAUGUUGUUUUUACAUACUCGUAGUUACACUUUUGGUUAAUGUGUACAUAUUGCUUUGUACAUAACUUGAAAUAUUACAAUAAUUUUAUUGAUAUAAU